AUUUUCAUUCAGGGAAGAGGGACCGUUCUCUACGUAGUUCUCUUCCAAAGGUUGAGAGUUCAGGAAGGAUAAUUACGUAAUUUCCGUAGGCUGACACCGGGGAAAGUAGUUUCCUGAACUUUUUAAAAGAAAGAUUUACUAAUCAAAUAAGUAGUGUAUAAUUGCUGUCUUUUCCACCCCUUUUUUCUUGGAUCUUGAAACGGAUGAAUGUGAAGAAGAAGAUAUAAAUUCGUUAAGGCGGACAACAAAUGAAUGUUUUUGAAACAUGGAGCAGAUAGACACGCAAGCAACUCAAAAUGCUUCAGAAGAAAAAGAGGCAGUCGCCAGCCUGCAGGCCCAGCUAGCCGAUUGCCGAGCACAGUUGGAGCACUGGCAGGGCGUGGCGACAAUAUGCGAGAUGAGCAAACGGGAGGAACUCGGGGAGUUACAGAAGCAAUGCGAUCAAGAGAUCCAGUCGCUGCAGGAAGCUUUGAGAGCGACCGCGUCUCAGUACGAAGGGAGGAUUUCAAUGCUGCAGUCUGAGCGCGCUCAGUGGAGGAGGGGCGGAGCCAGCACACCCAUCGACUGCAAGGGCCGCUCGCCGAAGGGGAGGAGUGACGGAGACCCCGCCCUGAAGGAGGGGCCCCGGGGAGGGGGGCAGACGGACAGGGAGGCGGGCGGAGCGGGGGAGGGGCCCGACGGCGAGCCCGGCGACCUGGAGGCGCGGGGGGAGGGGCUGGACGGCGAGGGGGCGGAGAGCGAGGGCGGGAGCCUGCUGGUGGAGGGCUACUUCUCGCAGCACUGCGACACCUCCUCGCUCUCCUCCUUCUCCCUGGACACGCCCUCGCUGCCCCGCCGCCCGCCCCCCCAGGAGGACACCGCCUCGCUCCUCUCCACGGGGACGCUGGUGCCCGAGGCCAUCUACCUGCCCCCGCCCGGGCACCGGCUGAUCACCCACUCCGACUGGGACGCCCUGCACGCACAGGUGUCUGAGCUGCAGGGAGAGUUGGCUCGUCUGAGAGAGGAGAGGGCCGACCUGGAGAAAGAGCUGGCCUCCUACACUGCCGACACCCAGAGACAGGUCUCAGUCCUACAGUCUCAGGUUCAGACCUCGGAGGCCCUGCUUCAGGAUCUGCAGCAGUCCCUCAGCCAAUCACAGAACACCGUGCAGAGCCGGCUGGCCGAGCUCUCUCUCUCCCAGAAGAAGAUGUGCACUGAGCUAUCCAGGCUGAGAGGAGGAGACAAGCAGGAAGAGGGAGAGGAAGACCCCCUGGCAUUCCUCAGCCCAAAUCUGCAGGGGGCGCACUGUGAGGAGAGGCUGCGGAUUGAGAUCGUCAACUUGAAGGAGCAGCUGGAGACACGGACGGAGGAGAGCGGUCUGUCUGUCUUUCAGCUGUCCAGUCUGAAGACAGAGACGGACCGCAUACAGAGCCACAACGAAAAGCUGCAAAACGAGUUGCAGGCCUGUCGCACUGAACUCGCGGGCCUGCGGGUGGCGAUGUCUCACCUGCACCAAGACUGUAAGGCGCAGAGCAAUGAGAAGUCCGCCCUGCAGCAGCAGUGCCUGGAGCUGCGCAGUCAGGUCAUCAGUCUGCGCAGUCAGGUGGACACCAGCCAGGCCGUGCAGAGGGACUUUGUGCAGCUGUCGCAGUCGCUGCAGGUGAAGCUGGAGUUGAUCCGCCAGGCCGAAUCCAUGGCUCAAGUGAAGGAGAUCCUCGGGGAGGGGCUGACCGGCGACGUCACAGAGCCCGCGGAAACGACGUGAGCCAGUCGGGAGGCGAGUCUCCCGACCAUCGCCGAAGGACAUUUUUUUUACGCGGCGAAAGGGAUUCCGUUUCCUCCGCGAAACGGACAGACUGCGACGAGAACCAAUUUUCGUUAUUAUUCUUAGCUUGAGUCUAAAAGUUCGUAACGAUGAAGUAUAACACUGACCACUGCUAGAGCUUUCAUUUUUACUUCAUGUUAUCCGUGGACAAAGACAUGUUUAAAAUGUCUUUUAUGGGCAUUUAGGACCUAUCCACACUAUGCAACCAAGUUUGACAAAUCUCUUACAAAUGUUGUAACAGAACAUUGGCAUUACUGUUCAAUGGCUGCUGCCACAGAUCCUGGGUUUGUCUCUCACCUAGAGCACUUGAUAUAGAAAUUAAACCAUAAUGCUUCACCGCGAAGCAAGCCUAAUAAAUUACGAAGCAGGAAUUUUAUGUUACAGAAGGAAGUACAUCCCAGCACUCAAGGGAGCAGAAUUCUAUGCAAGCAAACAUUUGUUAGCAUCAAGCUAACAAGUGUUAUGUGCCUGGAUUCAGACAUCAGCCAGCUAGCAUGUUAGCUUUGUUAGCUUUUCAGUGUUAGCAUUCAUGGAUUUUUUGUCUGUGAAUUUUCCUCUUUUCCAUUUUGUCAGUUUAUCCAUGUUUAUCCAAAGCCAAUUUGGCUUGUCAACUGGACUAAGUUACCUGCUAAGUGCAAUAAUUAACUGUUGAGGAUUCUAUAGAUAUUCAGAACUUUUCACCAGCAUAGUUAAAAUGGUUGAAAACCACCCCAAUAGAAUCUCAGUUUUGUAAGUCUGAACACAUACUAUGCUAUACCAUUCCUGUUUGAACCCAUUUAGUGGGCCUUAGUGACCAAAUGUUUUCUCACACUGGAAUGCGCUCAGGUUAUUUCAUAAGGAUAAGGAGAAAUGUACUAUAAUGCCCCAUUUGGACCCAUGGAUACAUGGGUACAUUCUGCUAUUGGGUGAUAGUCAAAGACCUGUGAUCUAAAGAAUCGGCUCUCCAAAAAACAGAGGGGUUCAAUCGUACCCUGCAGAGCCUCUCCUUCUGUGCAUUACGUUUAGUGAAGGUUGAGCAUUGUACCUCUAUAGAGCAGGACGUCCCAAUCUGUGGGCCAAGGAUGGGGGGGUUGGGGGGUUUGUUGAGGGUCGGGCAAAUCAAAACUAAGGUGCUGUCUAUCAUACACAUUCCAUUGACUUUCACAUCUCAGAUUUAUACACUGCGCUAGUUUCAGAGCACAGGUGUCCAAGUCCAGUCCUAGAAGGUCAGCUGGUGUUCAGUGUGUGCCUCUGAGCAGAGGUGAUAGAUUUAAGACGGGGGAUUGGCUAAGAGUCCGCACACUUUGCUCUCAAGGUUUUAAUUGGCUGCUGAUUGAAAGGACACCACAGAGAAACCCGCAGACACUCCGGCCGUCCAGGACUGGAGUUUAAUGACACAGAGCAGCGCGUUCGCUCGUGGGUUGUGGUUCUAAAAUAUUUGGCUACCUCUUCUGUCUGCAGAGAGGUGAACUGGGAGGAGAGCAGUGCAUUAUGGGAGCGGUUUUGUCGAGGGGAAGCCCUAAGGCGAGGCCCCUCGUGUGGGCUGUGUCCGCUCCAAACCGCCAAACCGCCCACCCCAACUGUCUGGGCUCCAGGGCCCUUCUCUCCCGCCCCCUGAGCUCCGUGGCCCCCGUCCCAGGCCGCAGAUCCGGUUCCCCCUGGCGACGAGGCUCCCUGCCACGUGGCACGGAGUGGUGCUCUUGAGGAACCGAUCGUUUUAUCCGCGGCCGCUAAGCAGGGCUAAAUUUAUCGGGUUCUCGAGGUGAAGACAGGGCCACUCCAUCUGAAACCGUCCCUGGGGCGGGGGCGGGGGCAGGGGCAGGUGGCUCGGGGGGUUGGGGGUUGUCACCGCUCCCGGCCACCGCCUUCUUACCCAAACGCUGCUGGCGACUGAAAAUACCGGGCAGCUGCUGCCGCGGGACCAGGCCGCGCGGUUGGGUUGCGCGGUUGGGUCAUUGUCAAUAUUCUACCGUUCUCUUCGUUUUAAAUACGGAAGACCCGCGCCCUUCUCCCAUUCGCGGUUUUUUGUGUAUCGGCAUCGGAAAGCUGAGGUUAUCUGUACUAGUUUUGUUUGUCGUUAACCGUGUAAUUAAUAUAUGUGUUUAUGGCAUUAUUACACUGAAUGGCAGGGUCUCCUGCAACGGUGGCCGUGAAGAUGCUGAUUGGGUCGCUGCCCUGUGACAUCAUCGAAGCCAUUCCAUUUCUGGAGGAAGUGGCUGAGUAAUCAUUGCUGCUCUCUAAUAUGAUCUCAUAGCUUAACUUACACUGGGACUGUUACUUCUGGCACACACACAGCUGUAUUAGAGUUACACCUAAAGUACACUCCCUGUGGGUCCCACUGUCGUUUUCUGGGGCCAAUUCUGAUUUACUGGAUUAAAUAUAGGAGAGAUUAAAUAAAAUUAUAACAUUGUUUUCUUUUUGAUUAAGCUGCUGUUUGUGCAUCUAUAAGACUGAGCUACAGGACCACUGUUGAUAGUAAAACAGUUCCCUGUCCUUACUCCUUUAGCCUGUCCAGACCACGAAAGUAUGGCGUUAUGUUUCUCGUGCCGCAAACACAAGACCAUGUCUGUUUCUGAACGAGGUUUGUUCAGGGCCUGAACGCACUUUGGCCUCAACCCUCUGGCCUUGUUGCGGUCGAUACAACAGAAACCUGCCCCGGUUCCCCUCCUGCCACAGUGACCAGGCCCUGUAUUCAUAAAGCAUCUCAGAGUAGACCCGCUGAUCUAGGAUCAGUUCUGCCUUUUAGCUCAUAACGGGUGAGGUCAGGAUACGGUCAGCAGAAAACCGAUCCUAGAUCAGUGCUUUGUGAAUACAGGCCCCAGCCUGAGCUUCCAGUGCGCUGUGCUUACAGUAACAGAGGGGCUCUGGUGCAGCUCUGGUGAGGUCAACCACUGUCAGAACAUCUCCGCUUGAAGUCAGGUCUUGGAUAACACGCCUCAACGUAGACUGUAUACGACUAAAAGAUAUUCUACUUGCACUACCUGCAGCACUGAUUUUAUGACUCGGUUUUGCGUAAUGAGCGGCUGGAACCACGCUGGCUCCACUAAAACUGAGGAAGACUGAGACCCAGCACUCCAUACCUUACCAUGGGAUAUUAUCUCAGGAAUACUGGAGGGGAUUUUUUUAUUUUUUUUAUUUUUUACAGUUUUCAGUGUGGUUUGGUUCUGCUGCCACUCUGGGGGAUUUAAGCUGAUCAAUAGGAAUGAAAAGCCUUUUUUCGGUUAAAAAAGGAUCCGCCUCCAUCUGGAGUAGAAGGAGAUGGACUCGGAUGAACGGGAAAAUAAACCCCAGGUGAUUCUGGAGGGAAAGGAGCUGCAGGCAGCGGUGAUUUCUGUGCAGUUCCACCUGUAUUUUCAAGGUGAAAUGAUUAUCGGUGGUUCAAGUGCAUUCGUUACAGAAAACAGAAGUGCUAUAUAUACGUUUCUUUCAUUGUGAUUGAUUCAGGGUGGAAAAGCUAAAAGAAAUGUGAGUCUGGCGUGUGUUACAAGUGUACAUUAAAAAUAUUUACGUUUGUUGAAAA